UUCAAAUUAAAACCAAACCUAUUCUAUUUGCAUAUCGCAUUUGUUCUUGAAUCUCUUUAGCAUAGUAUUCCAUCAAGAAAGAAAUAACAUCAAAGAAAUUUUUUUUAAAAAAAAAAGAAAAAAAAAAGAGAGAGAGAAUGUUCCAUGCCAAGAAACCUUCUACUAUGAAUUCUCAUGAUAGACCUAUGUGUGUUCAAGGUGACUCUGGUCUCGUCCUUACCACUGAUCCAAAACCUCGUCUUCGUUGGACAGUUGAGCUUCAUGAACGCUUCGUUGAUGCUGUUACUCAGUUAGGUGGACCUGAUAAGGCAACACCUAAAACUAUUAUGAGAGUUAUGGGUGUUAAGGGUUUAACCCUUUACCAUCUCAAGAGUCAUCUUCAGAAAUUUAGACUGGGAAAACAACCACACAAAGAAUUUAACGAUCACUCAGUGAAGGAUGGCGAUAGAGCUACAAGUUUAGAACUACAAAGAAAUUCAGCAUCUUCAUCUGGAAUGAUAGGACGUAAUAUGAAUGAGAUGCAAAUGGAGGUGCAAAGAAGGCUGCAUGAACAAUUGGAGGUACAAAGACACCUUCAAUUGAGGAUUGAAGCACAAGGAAAAUACAUGCAAACUAUAUUAGAAAAAGCUUGUCAAACAUUAGGUGGAGAAGAAAAUAUGUCAUUACCAACAAGAACCUUUAAAGGUAUUGGAAAUCAUCAAGGAGGAUUAACACCAGACAUUUCAGCUGCCUUCAAAGAAUUUGGAACACCUCCUCUAACUUUCUCAUCAUUCCAAGACUUGAACAUAUGUGGAGAACACAUCGAUCUUCAUGCUCAGAGUAGCAUGGGUGAACGAUCCUCAUCCUUUGAUGGAUUCAUGAACUUGAGCAAUACUUCAACCGAUCAUAACUUGUCUCUUGGAAAGAAAAGGUCUAGCCCUUACAAUACUAGCAAUGGAAAGAGUCCAUUUAUGUGGUCAGAUGAUUUUCGUCUACAUGAGUUAGGUGGAGGAGGUUCGUGUUUAGGUUCUAAUAAUGAAGACGAUCAUCAAAUUAUUCAGAUGGAGAGGAGUUGCAAUCCUGAGAUUGAUUCGGUGUCUGAUAUGUACGAGUCUAAGCCGUUACUACAAGAUGAGAAGAAGUUUGACACAAAACCGGAGAGGCCUUCCCCAAGAAGAGCUGCCCAGGUUUCGAGUUUGAGUGCUCAAGGUGGACGAAAUUCUGUUUUCGGGUAAAAACUUAGACAAUCUUUUAAACUGGAACUUUUUUUCUAUUUAUCGAGUUUAUAAUAUAUUGUACGUAGUAGUACUAUUACUGUUACUCUUAUUAUUAUACUUAGGAAAAACAAUAAUUGUUGGUCACCAUGCAUAUCAAUGAAUUCACUUUACCAUAA